AUGCCUGGCCACCUCCUCAGUGACACUGAGGAUGAUGAUCAUGAAGAAGCCAUCCGAAGAGCAACCCGCCGUCUCCAGAAGCGACAGCAACGCCAAAGAGAACAGGAGGAAGCAAGUGGUUUCAAAUCCAACCAUGACUCACAUCCCGACAACGAGAGGUCUCGGGCGUCUUCCUCUGGGCAGAAAGCACAUCGGGAACCUUCACAUACCCGCACUCAAUCCGAAAAGUCCCCCGCGCGAUCCGAAAAGUCCUCGGCACGGUCUGAUAGAAAGCCCUCCCCUCGACCGGCCGACCAGCCUUCCUCCCGGCCACCAAAUUAUUUGCCUCAACCUGAACCCUCUCAGGAUAGGGAGGACCCCCAAGACAGCUCUAGCGCGCAGGGCAAAGCUCAUCUCCCUUCCUCUGAUGCCCCAUUCGACGGUUAUUUCACAAAGAUGAAGUCCUGGCUCCAGAUGCUGCGAGUACAACUUGGACAAUUGCGCGGGCCGUUUGAGCAUGCGGUGCAGCCGUUCAAGAACAUUCUUCACUUGCUCAUCAUCGCUUUCUUCGACGCCUUGUCCCUCGUUAUCAAUACUUGCUCCAUGAUCCAUCGACUGCUCGACGCCCUGGUCCCUCGGAUAGUGGUGCACAUCAUCUUGGUCACAGUCUUUUCUCUCAUGAUUGUCCUGGGGUGUAUCUCCCUCCUCGCCGCUUAUGCAGUCGACAGAUAUUGUAGUGCCGUCUCCACGUUUACCUGGGUGCCUUUACAAUUUACCGAGAUUUGUGUGAUGACAACCCCGACUCAACACAAACUUCGUGGCGAGGUCUCGAAGGAAGACACGCUCGAAGGCUGGCACCCUCUUGUCCCAUCGCUCUAUGGGUUCCUCGGGGAGGCCCUUGACAGUGUCGAGGACGAUCUUCAUACCGCGCUGACCCGUUUCAAUGCGUACAAUCAGGACCUAUCCACUGGCUACUUCAAGGAUGGCUACAGGGAUGGGAUAUCCUUAUGCAGGCAGCUCGAGUUUGAAUUCAUGAAGCAGCAGCGAGCUCUUUGGACCAACAUCGAUCUCUAUAUGCGCGAAUUUCCUACUGACCGACCUCGCCAGCACUGGAUCUGGGAUCGCCUAGGUUUCGCCAACAAGCAGCUGAUCAAGGAGGCUCAAGAGCUCAAUAAACAAUUGACCGAUCUUCUCAAAAAUGGACGGGCUCAGACUCUUGCAUUUUCCAACAAAAUCCCUCGAGAAACGCUGAAUACGGCUUUUGGUAAGAUCUUCAACCAAGAUGUCGACAACUUUCGAGCCCAAGUCGAUAAUGCUCUUCAGGUCAUGCCGCCUGCCGCUCCCGAAACCGAUAACCUCUUUGCCAGCACAACCAUGUGGUCCAUCGGUAGUGACGCCAUGUUUGAUCUUUUGACUGGGCGGGGCGAGAUGCUGGAAUCUGACAUCCGGUGGCUGGUGGCUACAUUAGACGCGUUGAACGGGGAUCAGCUAUUCCUACGGUAUGGAAGGCUGAACAAGCAGUUAUUGGAAGCCAAGGCCAUCAAGUGUGUUGAAAGAGCGUGGGAGUUUGGUCACGAAUGGAGAGCGCGCCUGAAGGGAUAUUUCGCCGAGGGGAAUAUGUAG